AUGACCUCGUCACUUGACAAGGGAAAGGGCCAGAAUGGAACAGCAAUAACAACGGCGGCAGGACCAGCCGAGAUAAAUUCAGAUCCUAUAUCUCCUCUUGGAUCUACAGCAACCCUUUCAGCCUUUCCAGUUGAAGUUCAAAUUUCUAGCAGUCCCAAGAAUGGUACUGCCCAACCUUCAUUACCGGCCGAUGAGGUCGAUGUGACUGAUCCAUAUGCCCUUCGUGGGCAGAAACGUGACAAAGAUACCUACCGCAAAGAGGAUAGUGGUCUAUCACAGCGGAGGCACAAGAAAGUCAAGAAGUACUAUAACCGCCAGAAUGCUUUGAUUGAUGCCUACCUCAAUAGCGCCGAUGAAGAAGCUCUCGAAGUGGAAGACAAUCUCAAAAAUGGAGGGAAGGUUCGCUUUGCCGUCAAUGCAAGCUUUGUGUGCAAUUUCUGCUUGUUCAUCAUUCAACUCUACGCCGCCAUUUCGACUGGGUCACUGGCACUCUUUGCUACGGCCGCCGACGCCUUUAUGGAUUUAGUCAGCUCCAUUGUUAUGCUGGUUACAUCACGAAUGGCGGCAACGCCGAAAGUGCACAAAUAUCCCGUUGGCCGCAAGCGUGUUGAGACCGUUGGAAUCAUCUUGUUCUGUGCCUUGAUGACAACCGUGGCGGUACAACUGAUCAUCGAGUCAGGACGAGCAUUGGGCCACGGACCUCCCGAUUCUAAACAGCUCGAGAUCAUCCCCAUCGUCUUCGUGUCGACGGCGAUAUUCGCCAAAGGCUCUCUCUUCGUGUACUGCUUCCUGCUACGACGGUACCCAGCAGCACGGAUCUUCAUGAUCGACCACCGUAACGACAUCGCCGUUAAUCUGUUCGGUCUGAUCAUGUCUAUCGUAGGAUCCCGGUUCCUCAAAGUCUGGUUCCUCGAUCCCACAGGUGCCAUCUGCAUCGCCCUGUUGAUCCUGUGGUCAUGGGCGUCCACCGCCUUCGAGCACGUAUGGUACCUCGUGGGAAAAUCCGCACCACAAGACUUCCUCAACAAAGUCGUCUACAUGAGCAUCACGCAUGACGAACGCAUUGAGAAAAUCGACACCGUGCGCGCCUAUCACGCUGGCGACAAAUUCUACGCCGAAGUCGACAUCAUCAUGAGCGAGACGGAGCCUUUGAAGGUGACUCACGACGUCGCGCAGACUCUCCAGCGCAAGCUCGAGGGUCUCGCCGACGUGGAGCGCGCUUUCGUCCACGUCGACUACGACUUUGAGCACGACGUCUUCGAGGAACACAAGGCGCUGUACGAAAAGACCAAGCCGAAGCCGGCCAGGAAACCUCUCGCCGAACGCGUCAGGGGCCGUCUCAGCAUCAUCGGCUUCGGCCCCGAUGGCACUCAGGUCAAUAGCGAUGCCUCUGUAACGUCGUCCGCCGACGAGGUGCAGCAACCGGCGCAGAAGAAAGGGAUCGUUGCUAGAAUCUUCGGGCGCCGAUGA